CCCCCUAUACCGCUGUCCACCAUGAACGAAGAAGAUCAAGGAAAAGUUACAGUCGACCAUCUGGACAGGCUAGUUGAGAAGCCUGGCAUGGGAGAGGUUCAGAAGCAUGCAAAGACGCUCACUGUCGACGCGCAGCAGAGCGCUGCGCUAGCUCACAACCUGACUGUCCGGGAUGCCAUUCGCGCAUAUCCCAUGGCCAUAUUCUGGUGUCUUUCCAUCUCCAUGUGUGUCAUCAUGGAAGGUUACGAUCAGAUCUUAGUGCCAUCUUUGUACGCAUAUCCCACUUUCCAGAGGAAAUACGGCAGCGUCGUCAGCCACAAUGCCGACGGAAGCCCAAAUUACCAGCUCACUGCCGCGUGGCAGGCUGGACUUAGCAACGCUGCCGUUGUCGGAGCAUUCACGGGAACGUGGGUCAACGGAUACGUUGUCGACAAAUUUGGCCACCGCCACGUCCUCUUGGCCUCACUUGUCGCCAUGGCCGCUUGCGUCUUCAUUACCUUCUUCGCACCUAACGUCGCUGUCCUCUGUGUUGGCCAGCUGAUUGUUGGUGUUCCAUGGGGUAUCUUCGCCACCGCUGCUCCGGCCUACGCAUCCGAGUGCUUGCCAUUGGUCUUGAGAGUGUAUUUCACUUCCUGGGCCAACAUGUGCUUCUGCAUCGGACAACUGAUCGCUGCUGGUGUGUUGCGCGGCCUCUCAGGCCGUGAGGAUGAGUGGGGUUUCCGCAUCCCCUUUGCUAUCCAAUGGGUGUGGCCCGUCUUCCUUAUCCCUCUUCUCUACUUUUCUCCCGAUAGCCCUUGGCACGAGGUUCGCAAGGGCCGCAUCGAAUCCGCCGAGAUGAGCCUGCGCCGCUUGCAGAGAGCAUCUGCUGAUAUUGAUGUUAAGAAGACCCUUGCCGAGAUCAUUCACACCAACGAUCUCGAGCAGGAGAUGUCAGUCGGAACCACAUACUUUGACUGCUUCAAGGGUUUCGAACUUCGCCGCACGCAGAUUGCUUGCAUGGCUUUCGUAGGCCAGGUCCUGUCUGGCUCUAACUUUGCUUCACGGCGAACUCUAGAUAACUCGUCAUACUUCUUUGAGCAGCUCGGUCUUCAUACCUCUACUGUCUACUCGCUGAGCAUCGGUGGCCUGGCGCUUGCCUUCCUCGGUACCAUUAUCAAUUGGCUGUUCUGUAUGCCUCACUUCGGACGUCGCACCCUCUAUACCUGGGGCAUGUUUUGCAUGUCCAUAGUCCUGAUAAUCAUUGGUAUCCUCAACGUGUGGACCGAGCGUUCCUCGGUUGGAUUUACCCAGGCAGGACUUGCCAUGUUCUGGAACCUCCUCUUUGAUAUGACCGUCGGACAGCUCGGAUGGGCUAUCCCCGCAGAGAUUGGCUCAACACGCCUCCGCCAGAAGACGAUUUGUCUGGCACGCAACGCCUACUACCUCGUAAACAUUGUCGCCGGUGUCCUCCAGCCUUACUUCAUGAACCCCUCGGCGUGGAAUCUCCGUGGUUACACCGGCUUCUUCUGGGGUGGUACGGCUUUCAUUGUCUUUGUGUGGGCCUACUUCUGCCUUCCCGAAUCAAAGGACCGCACCUUUGAGGAGCUGGACAUGCUGUUCUCGAUGAAGGUGCCGGCUCGCAAGUUCAAGAAGACUGAUGUCAGCCCGUUCGGCAUGGAGGAAUAA